AUGACAAAGUAUAUCCUAGUAUCAGGAGGUGUUGUGAGUGGCAUUGGAAAGGGGGUCAUUGCGUCGUCGACGGGCCUUUUGCUCAAGAUGACGGGGCUCAAAGUCACUGCCAUCAAAAUAGAUCCUUAUAUGAACGUAGAUGCGGGCACUAUGCGUCCUACUGAGCACGGUGAGGUGUAUGUUCUCAAUGACGGCGGUGAAGUCGACCUGGAUCUCGGCAAUUAUGAACGAUAUCUCAAUGUAACGCUAUCCCGAGACAACAACAUCACGACUGGCAAGAUCUACCAACAAGUGAUAGAGAAAGAGCGUCGGGGAGAUUAUUUAGGAAAGACCGUCCAGAUUGUCCCCCAUGUAACAAAUGCUAUACAAGACUGGAUAGAGCGUGUCUCGAAAAUUCCUGUAGACGAGACAGGCGAGGAACCAGACGUGUGCAUCGUGGAGCUUGGCGGUACCGUUGGUGAUAUCGAAUCUGCUCCCUUCGUCGAAGCCAUGCGACAAUUCCAAUUCCGCGUAGGCCAUGAAAAUUUUGCACUUAUUCACGUCUCGCUCGUGCCAGAUAUGCACGGCGAGCAAAAGACAAAACCAACACAAACGACUGUGCAUGCGCUGCGCGGUUUGGGUUUACUUCCCGAUCUGAUCGCAUGCCGCCUCACCGUUUCACAACCACUAGAAGCCGCCACCAAAGAGAAGAUUUCAAUGUUCUGCCACGUUCAUUCGGAACAGGUCGUCGGCGUGCACGAUGUGUCCUCUGUGUACCAUGUUCCAUUGUUGCUACAGUCUCAGAACAUCGUCGGGUUCUUGAAAAAACGGUUGAACCUGACUAGUAUUCAAUUGACGCCGCAGAUGCAGGAACGAGGCACCCAAUUAGAACGUCGGUGGAAAGGCUUAACUAUCGAUCAGGAGCGCCUCUUCGACACGGUCUCAAUCGUGUUGGUGGGGAAAUACACUGACCUCAAGGACUCGUAUAUGUCCGUAACAAAAGCUCUAGAGCACUCGGCAUUCCGAUGCCAUCGUAGACUCAUCCUUCAGUGGGUCGAAUCGUCAGAUCUGGAACCCUCUACGCAGGACGAGGACCCUAAAAAGUAUCACGAUGCAUGGCGAACCAUUGUCGGCGCUGGGGGUAUACUCGUCCCGGGCGGAUUCGGCGAACGUGGCACUGAGGGGAUGCUUCUCGCGAUCAAAUGGGCGCGAGAACAGAAGAUCCCCUUCUUGGGCAUCUGUCUCGGCUUCCAACUCGCUGUCAUCGAGUGGGCGCGUAAUAUUCUCCGCCUCCCUGCUGCCACCUCGACAGAAUUCAAUUCCAAGGCUGAGGACGACGUGAUCAUUUUCAUGCCUGAGAUCUCGCGUACUCACAUGGGCGGAACGAUGCGUCUCGGUCUUCGCCCGACUGUCUUCGAACCCGGCACCGAAGAGUCGUCGGUCAUGCGGAAACUAUACGCGGGCGCGGGCAAGAUCUGGGAGAGGCACCGUCAUCGGUACGAGGUCAACCCCAAAUUUAUCGACCGGCUCCAAGCCAGUGGAUUGCAUUUCGUUGGCAAAGACGAAAAGGGAGAACGGAUGCAGGUGCUGGAACUACCUGGACAUCCUUACUUCAUCGGUCUUCAGGCUCACCCUGAGUUUUGCACGCGUCCACUCAAUCCAUCACCACCUUUCCUCGGUUUCGUUGCUGCAUCUUGUGGACCUGAUGUCCUCGAGGCUGAGCUCGACAACCAACUGAAGAGCUUCAAGCCUCCGCAUCCUGAGGAAUCCAUGGUUGGGGAAGAAGUCCUCGUCGAAGGGGUCGACGAGUCUGUCGAUGACGGGCGCGAGCGCGUUUUGUCGAUGUCCGAGAGUCGAUAGAGUACGUUGUAGACUUUUCAUAUAGGAA